AUGGUGGCUAGGUUUAUUGACUCCGCCUUAUUCCGUCAGUUCCUCCAAAAAAGAGAAAUCAACCAUGCAGCUAGACUGCCGGAAUUUUUAUCAAUUCCUAUGGGAGAUAAAUUGAAAGAAAAAUUGAGGUCUAUGAAUGUUACCGGAGAAAGGAUUAGAUUUGAAGGCCUAGCUCCACCGGCUCUGACAACGGAGACAACGAAUUUUCCGGGGGAGACGAUGGGGAGAAUUACUAUGAAUGAUGCUAGGAAAAUUUUGAGGAUUUCUCAGUUGGAGAAAGUGCGAUUGAGACUUAGAGAUAUGCCGAUGAACUCCAUUUCGUACUCUAAAUUCGUUGAGAUCUGUAGUGAAGUUUGUAGCAACAGAGAACAGGGUUUGGAGUUUACAAAGAUGUUGGACGAUUCAGGCAGCGUCAUCAUUUUUGGUGACGUCGUUUUGCUCCAUCCCCAUCAGAAAAUUAGCGCACAAACAUGGAAAAAUGCAGAAGCUCUUCAAAAUUUCAGAAAAUUAGCGCACAAAAUUGAGAUUUCCACUGAUCGAAGAGCAGUAAGUGUGAAAAAACAGAUCGAAGAUGCUGAUUCGGAUUUUAAUUUCGCUGUUCUCUUCAGAUUUUGA